CAUCAAGAUGUUUUACAUUACAAUUGGCCAGGGCAUCAGACAAAGCAGAAGUCAGGACAACAUCACCGUGACCAUGACAAUAUGGACUAUUAUUACCAACUGGAGAUAUGGAAGGGCAAUAUAAAUGGGGCAUUACGAUUGGCCAGGGAGCGUGAGGAACUCUCUGAUUGGCUGGUUUCUAUGGCACCAAUGGCAAACUUUGAUACAUGGAUAACAGUUUGUGAGGACUACGCCACUCAGCUAGAAUCUGAAGGACAGUAUCACAAAGCCGCCACCUACCUUCUCGCAGCACAGAAAGUCUAUGAAGCAAUUGAACUGUUCAGAAGACAUCGGCUCUUCAAGGAGGCUAUAGCCCUGGCAAAGGUGAGGUUGUCUCCCUUUGACCCUGUUCUAGAGGAACUAUAUACACUGUGGGCACAGCAGCUAACGAGGGAUGGAAACUACGAACAGGCAGCUAAAUGCCACCUUGCGAUGAAACAGGUCCAGGAUGCCGCCCUGUUAUUGGCUAGGAGGUACAACCAAUCAAGUUUGAGGACAGCCAGCCACAUCUGUCUCGUGGCAGGGGAGAAACAACAGGGCCUGCUAUACGCCUACAAGGUGGCUCAGCAGUAUUCCCUUCAGUCAGAAUGGAAGGAAGCCUACACCUUCUUAAAGGAACAGAAACCUUUCCAGUGUGUAACUGCUGUGACAGCCAUGCAUGAAUUGCUGAUGUAUGAGGUACAGAAUAUUCCCCUGGACAGUGUGUCUAUAGACAAAGCUAAGUUCACACAGUGGAGCAACAUGGGAGGCUCUAAGGUAUUACUGCCAGACUUUAUGUUAGAUGCCAAAGAGAAUGAACCAAUAUCUCCAUGGCAACCGUACUUGAUCGAUGGCCACACGUUCCCUCACCAUGUGCUGCGCAUCCUCCACUCCAGUCUGGGUGUCAGUAUGGACACCACCAACCUGGAGGAUAUGUACAAAGCUCUCAGUGUACUUCAUGCUGGCCGCCAAAUCCAAACAGAUCUUCUACAGCUGCUGGGCCAGGUGAGUAUGGACCUGGUUCUUUGUCUCCUGUCUCUGUUGAUGUCCGAGACCCCUACAGCCAUUUCCCACCUACUCCAGGCUAUCAGCCUCCUCCACGAGGCUGGUCACUAUGAUCUGAUGGAGCUCAUUCUUCGACUCUUCCUCCCACAAGGCCCAAAAUACUUGCUGAAAUUACAACAAGAGGUGACGGCCAUGCGAGUAGUAAUCAGCAUGGAUAACCACAGCAGUGUAGAUGGAGCCUCCAAGGUCCACACUAUCAAACGGUACUUGUCCGAGAUCAGGGACGACGACGCUGUAUCCAAUGCAAAUCUCCGCUGUCGUGAACUUGACUGUCUACGAGCAUACUACUACUUGGUUAUAUUGAGUUUUCUCAGAGGAAAGCUUUCCAAAACAAAAUCGUCAGAUGACAUAUCUGUCAUUGCUGAACCAGCAAAGGAACAUUCAUCAGUAACUCAUUCUGGAGAGGAAAAUUCUCCCCAAGAUUCCAUUGGAACAUCUGCCAUAGAACAAGUGGAAACAGAGAACCGAAGUGGUACCGUUACUUUGGGAGCUGGUGAUGGAAACUGUGAUAGGAUCGGAAAUCCCAGUGAAAACGCCAGUGGAGACAACAGUGCUGAUGUUAAGGACAAGCUUAUGACAGAUCGUCAAGCACAAAGUUCAAACAAUUUAAUGCCUUCAUUACCUUUGCCUCAACGUAGAGAAAAUUGUGAUAAAACUGAGAGUGAGAAAAUAGCACCUAAUGAAAACAAUGAGAAAUCCCAAACUACCUCUACUCUGCAAGGUUUUGAAGGGUCAGACUGUACAGUGCAGGGAACAGAAAUUGCUCUAGGUCAGGAGUGUAACAAAAGUGUUAAGGAAAGUUCAGUAGAUGGUAAAAAGUCAGAUGUUGACAAAAAGUGUUCAGAUAUUGUCAAAGACAAAAAUCCUGAUUUGUCAUUCUCGUUUGACACAUGUCCUGAAGAUUCUCCCACAUAUCAUCUGACUUUACCUCUCCUAUCCCACCUGGCACGAGGCCUGCUGUGGGACAUACAAGGAAAGCGAUUUGCCCUGACAGAGACCCUUGGCUACAUUCAUAAGGCCAUAUCCCAACUCUUGUUAGCUCAGAAACCCAGUGCCCUCCCAGGAGGACAGAAUGAGACUUUGGCAAUUGGGGAACUGGCAGUGGUCGGAGAUGGACAUCAUAAUAGUCCUUCUGACAUUGACAAUGUUGUUAACCAACGCUCACUAACUGAAACUGCUUCUCCCCUGUCACCAGAACCUCCUAGACCAGAUGGAGGAUCACCUAAGAAACGUCACAAUAGUGAACCUGUCCUUGAGCGAUCAGUGUCUAACACAACAUCAAGUGUCACAUGUCCGUUUCAUGGCAGUGCAGCAUUUUCUCGAUCGGUGUCUAUUGAUAGUGGUGCUGCUGAUAUCAAUAUUCCUCUUCACGAACAUUUUGGUUCCCUUGACCUUGACCUUGACCCCACCUCGGACAGUGCAUUCAGCAUCUGUUCCUCGUGUGAAUGGCUUACAAAGUCUCGUAAGGUUCUCUGGGAGGAUGAGCCUCAUCCUCAUUCACAUCACAUUACAGAGCAUCAAGGACAUCAUGGCAAAGCAAAGGUCACAAGUAUCGUAAAUCCAGCUAAAUACAUCAAUGUUCCCGAUGAAUGGUACAACACGGCCGCCGACCAAAAGUACAGCAUGCCCUACGUUACCAUGGCUAUACUUAAGGAUGAGCAGGAAUAUGUAAUGCGUGAACUGAAGCGAGGCCCUGAUGCUUUACAUAUGCCCUUCCCUAACCCUCUGGAAUCUGUCAAGCUUAUAUUGGAAGUGAGCAGCCAAAGUGCCUUUCUCAGUGUUGCUGAGAAACACCAGUUCGCUGAGAAGGUCGUGUCCUGGGGAAUGAAAUUCUCCGUAUCAUCCCAACAGAAGGAAGCUCUGAUGGAGUCAAUGCAUCGGACAUUAAUUCACGAAUAAAUUCUUGACUCACAAAGUGAAAUUGUCAGACAAUUCUAGGUCUUGUUGAAUUGACUGUAAUCAGUAGCAAGUUAUUAUGCUUACAUGUAUGUCAGCUCAUAAUAAAAGUGGGUUUUUUUUAAAAAAAAAAAAAAAAUUCCAUAUGUGAUAAUUUCUGUCCUGAUUUAUUUGGCUGUUACCGAUAUGUUUACCAUAAGGCAUGCUUAGAGAUGAUAAGUUCUUUGUCAUUUAAACAUUGUUCGCUGGCUAGGACUACAUCCUCAUUUUGUACUGCUGUGUUGUUUUAAUUUUCAUAUAAAUGACUAAAUUCUACUGUCUCAAGUUCUCAAGAGAUAAGACUAAGAAAACGCCAAAGCCCUUGGUGUCUGGUAUACACAUAUUUGAUAAUUCAAUACAGAGAGAAAAUACUUAAUAGAAAAAAUACUGAUAGAUUAAGAAGGAAAAUCUUAAGGGAAUGCUGAAACUCAAAGACAAAAAUAUUUUGGGAAGUUUUGAUCAUUUAUUAUCAUGACUAGUUUGAUUUGAACAUUUGACAACCCUCAACUCAGCUGGUAUCAAAUAUCUGGACCCACAGACUGGUAUCAGAUCUAUCUAGACCUUCUGUCUAGUAUCAGAUCUAUCUAGAGCCCCAGACUGGUAUGAGAUCUAUCUAGACCCUCAGACUGGUAUCAGAUCUAUCUAGACCUUCUGUCUAGUAUCAGAUCUAUCUACACUCUCAGACUGGUAUUAGAUCUAUCUACACUCUCAGACUGGUAUUAGAUCUAUCUAGACCCUCAGACUGGUAUUAGAUCUAUCAAGACCCUCAGACUGGUAUCAGAUCUAUCUAGACCCUCAGACUGGUAUCUGAUCUAUCUAGACCCUCAGACUGGUAUCUGAUCUAUCUAGAC